AUGUACUCAUCCAUAUCAUCUUCGCCAUCAUCGUCACCUGCUUCAUCAGUUCCUUGCUCUUCAACUACCUCAUGUGAUCGUCAGUGUGCCGUUUGUGGAGACGUUCCAGCUAAAGUUCAUUAUGGAGUUCUAGCCUGUUUUGGCUGUAAAGGCUUCUUCCGUCGAGCAGUCAAAGACGGACGUAACAAGUAUAUCUGUCGUUUUGAUAAAAACUGUCAAGUGACUAAGUUUGAACGAAACGCUUGCAGAUACUGUCGAUUUCGAAGAUGUCUACUAGUUGGAAUGAACCCCGAUUAUGUCAGACCAGAUCGAUUGGAAACAAAAAAAAAACAACAGAGAAAUUUGACCAAGAAGAAAAGCUUGAGUAGGCAACCGUCCACAAAAUCGCCUGAUGAUUGGACCAAUUUGCUAUCGAUAACACAGAGAAAUUUGCUUACCACCCUCAGUACAAUUGAGUCUCACUUGCAACAGAUUGAACAAGCAAACUAUGAUACCAUUGCCUUUUUCUCUCUGGGAAGUCUUUUGGCGGACCGAUCAUUAGUCCGGAAAACUAGGGAGAAUCGCCCGUUUUCCAACAAUUCAUCAAGUAAUGAUGACUCCUCUGAUAUACUGAAUAUAGAAAGGAUUGUCUCAACAGUUGAUUUCGUUGACAGUUUGUUGGAAAGCUUAAUGGAUGAUAGAAGAGUCUCAAUUGAAGAUAAAUGUGCUUUGAUGAGUGAGACUUACUUAACCGUUGUUAUGCUUGACUUCAUGUUGCGACAGAGUGCUCAAGGAUCACAUAAAGCUGCUGAAGAGUUUUCCAGAUAUUGUCCCAUAAAAAAAAUAUCUUUUUCAUUCUACGCUUCUCUGAAUAAAAUAACAGAGUUAUUCAUGAGAUGUUCUCUAUCACCAAUGGAGUACUCCCUUGUUCGCGCUUAUGUCAUAUGUACAGCAGAUAAGACAAUGCUUUCGAACUCACUAGGUAAUGAUUUACUCACCUUAUCCGAAUCUUUGAGCGAGCUUUUGUUCCGUAUCAUAAAAGGAAGUCGACGAGUGAGUAGUCAGACAGCAGCAUCCACUUUAGCCACCAUCAUUUCCUUUUUGCACCAAAUAAAGGUUCUUUCAAAAGAACUUCACUCGCAACUAGCCCAGCAAUAUCCUCGAGAAAGACCUAGGAACAUUCCUUUCCAGCACAUCAUUGAAGAUCUCUUGAAUCCAGAAGUAUCUGACCUCAUUGCUCAAAUGGCUGAUGGGAAAUCCAUGAAAACUCAACAGUCGGAGCAGCUGAAGAUUUGCGAGUUGUCUAAUGCACCACAAUUUGAAAGUCAUUCCAUUAAUCACAAUGACACCUUUCGACAUCCAAUGGAUUAUCAGUUCACAGCCCCUUUGCCCAUUCGACCAUCAGCUUUGGGUUUCUCCUCGAAACUUCCAUUAACAAUUACAAAAUCAAUUGAAGAGAUGUUGAGAGCUCCAGGAGCAGCUGAAGAUUCCAUACUUAAUCGUCCUCUUUCGAAAGAUUGGGCUGAUGGACUACGAUUGACUCCUGUGUUCAGUAAAGACGUUGUAGCUCAGUUUUUUCCCGAACUAUCUGAAACAUGA